AUGGCAACCAUCCUCGGCAGAGAAGCUUCUAACCAAGAAGCUAAACUUUCAUUAGCUAUUAAAGCCUAUAAAAGGAAUCAAAUUUCAACUCUUAGAGCUGCUGCUAAGUCAUUUUGCAUCCCUACUCCUCACUAUGUUAUGGACUAUACAGAGGCACUCCGUGUUCAAAUUCUCAACUUAACAAUCGAAAGCUGA